AUGUCCUUUGCGUCUACGUCGACGGGAAACGAGAGAGAAAUGCCAGUUAUAACGAGCCAACUCCAACACUACGAAUCUCUCGUGCGCGAUAUUUAUCCCAAAUUCGACGCCGAGCUGGCUAAAGUCGUCGAUCAAGCUCUCAAAAAAAUAUCUAGCCUUUCCCUGUCAUCGCCGACCGUCGCCAAAGUACCAGAUGAGACAGACUCGUCAACCCGAACGCCUUCCUACGUGGAUCACACCGUGGAGGACUUUAAUGGAGAUAUGUCACUGCAAGCCCUUGGCUUUACCAGUUCCAAUCCGGACGGCCAAUUCGAGGAAUCACGCCGCCCAUCAAUCUCUUCCUGUGCGAUCUUUAUGGAUAAUACCGGAAUCCCGCCGAUAAAGGAUCUAGAUGUCUUCGCAUAUCCCUCGCAGGCGGUCGCCGAUGAACUUGUGGACAGAUAUUUCCAAGUUGCGCACGCCUCCUUCCCCGUCGUUGGCAAAGAAAUCUUUCUAAGCCAGUGUCGAUCAUUCUAUUCGAACUCAACAACACACCCCGGAAACAAGUGGAUGGCGUUAUUGAAUAUGGUGUUUGCGAUCGCUGCAAGACACUUCGAGCUUUCCGGAGACCAAUCUCAGCUAGAUCACAACAUCCACAUGGUGUAUUUUGCCCGUGCCUGGCGAUUAUACACGAGCGAGAAUGUGUUAUUGGAGAACCCCAACCUGCAGCAGACACAGGUAGAAGGGCUAAUAUCACUUUACUUGCUUUCCAUCGGACAGGCCAAUAGGGCAUGGAGAAAAUGUGGUAUUGCAAUCCAGUCUGCGGUCGCGAUGGGAAUCCAUCUUCGUAGCGAAAGCACCAGCAUCACCCAUGUGUCCAAAGAAACAAGAUAUCGGUUAUGGUGGGCGCUGUACCUAUUGGACACCCUGCUCUGUGUCAUGACUGGGCGCAUGCCAAGAAUGCAGCAGGAACACUGCACGACCCCUUUUCCGGUACCUUACAAGGAGGAGGACUUCCGGGAUGAGCAUGUCAUGAGGCUUAUUUUGGACAUUCAAUCCAGAGGUCGUCUCAUGGCUUCUCUACUCUCCUUCGAUCCUUUGAUUGAAUCGAACGACCCAUUGGUUCAUUCACCUUCGCCACAGCCCACCUCUCAAUCGGCCUCACCCAGCCAACAGCUGCUCCAAGCUAACGUCUCAUUGUACUUACUUUAUUCCAUUGAUCUGGCAGCUGUGAUGAGAGAAGCAAUCGAGAUCUUAUAUUCUCCCGAAGCGGGACGAAAAUCACGGAAUGACACCGAACUGGCCAUGAUAUCGCUGAACAGCGCUGCUGACAACUGGUUUGCUCGGCUUCCUACGACCUACCGUUUCACGGAAGCCAGAGAUGACCGAUCCUUUGUCCGUCAACGCACCAGCUUGGCUUUCCAAUAUUAUUCGACCAAACUUGUCAUUUCCCAACCUGCUCUUCGUUCUCAUAUGUCUGGUGAAGUCCUUCCCACUGAGUUUGACACCCCGAUGGCAAUUAUUUGCCUCAAUGCAGCAGGCCAAAUGCUUGAUCUCUUGCCCAAUAAACCAAACAUCUCUUGGCUCUUGGGUUGCUCACCUUGGUGGUGUGUUCUCCACUACCUCACGCAAAGCACCGUAGUGCUUAUAACACAGUUACUCACCCAAAAUCAAUUGAGGACCAGUGAAAGAAGCGAUUCAUUGGAAAGAGUCCAAAAAGCUCUACGAUGGUUGAGUGAGUGUUCCACCAAGGAUCCCUCUUUCAAGCGGGCUUGGAAUAAUCUUACGGAGCUUUUGCCAUCCCAAGGAUUGAAAGUCUCAUAA